CACGACGACGACGACAUCUCCGCCGCCGCACCACCACGCAUAAUGGAGACUCCCGAGCUGCCCCAGGAUGCGCUCCAGCUCAGCGCCCUCGCCGCCCAGAACGCCACGGCGUCGCGCAGCCUCUUCGCCCACUCCCCCGAAAACCAGUACGCAAAGCGCCAGAAGCUCGACGACGCGUCCGAGGAUCCCCUUCUGAAGCGCCGCUUCCGCACAGAGUACGCCGACGUCGAGACCCUCCCGCCCUCAAUCACCGCCAAGUUGCCGACGAAACAACCCGGCAGAAAGGUCGCAAGGCCCGGCGCGCCCGGUCGCCCAGCUCCCAAGCUCCUCGAGGCUGCUCCAGGAUCCAAGGCCGUGUCGGCGCCUGCGUCCACGGCGAGCAACGAGCACCAGAACAUGAGUCUGGCGAUGAGGGGGAUGUCGGCUAUUCAACAACCGAAGCCGGAGUGGCACGCGCCGUGGAAGCUGAUGAGGGUCAUAUCCGGUCAUCUAGGCUGGGUGCGCAGUCUUGCUGUCGAGCCCGGCAACAAGUGGUUUGCCAGCGGUGCUGGUGAUCGCACCAUCAAGAUUUGGGACCUGGCGUCAGGAUCACUGAGGUUGACGCUUACCGGCCAUAUCAGUACCGUGCGCGGCCUGGCCGUGUCCCCCCGACACCCUUACCUAUUCUCCUGCGGUGAGGACAAGAUGGUCAAGUGCUGGGAUCUCGAGACGAACAAGGUCAUUCGCCACUACCACGGCCAUCUGAGUGGUGUCUACACCCUCGCCCUUCAUCCUACACUCGAUGUCCUAGUUACCGGUGGCCGAGACGGUGUCGCCCGAGUUUGGGACAUGCGCACCAGAAGCAACAUCCACGUCCUCUCGGGACAUACACAGACCGUCUCCGACCUCGUCUGCCAGGAGGCUGACCCUCAAGUCAUCACCGGCUCGCUCGACUCGACUGUGAGAAUGUGGGAUCUCGCUGCUGGAAAGACGAUGGGCGUCCUCACCCACCAUAAGAAGGGUGUUCGAGCCCUCGCCGUGCACCCUUCCGAGUUCACGUUUGCCAGUGGCAGCACCGGAAGCAUCAAGCAGUGGAAGUGUCCUGAGGGCGCUUUCAUGCAGAACUUCGAGGGCCACAACGCCAUCAUCAACACGAUGAGCGUUAAUGAGCAAAAUGUUUUCUUUUCUGGAGCCGACAACGGCUCCAUGAGCUUCUGGGACUGGAAGUCUGGUCACCGCUUCCAGUCACUCGACACCACCGCACAGCCUGGCUCACUGGACGCUGAGGCAGGAAUCAUGAGCUCAACCUUUGACCGCUCUGGACUGCGUCUAAUUUGCGGUGAAGCCGACAAGACAAGUAUUCUACUCAAUUCAAUCACAUUCUAUUAUUUACUAAUGAAAUCUAUAGUCAAAAUCUGGAAGCAGGAUGAAACUGCAACUGAGGAGACGCAUCCCUUGGACUGGAAGCCCACUCUGGGGCAUCGGAAGUUUUAGACACCAGCGAGGCUCCCAUCUAAUCAAUGUCCGGAUUGCUAAAUC